AGGUGCACACCCUUAGCCGUGGGUACCGGUUAUAAACAUACCGAGCCAUCUUCUUCCAUGGAAUCUACCUCUAAAAUGGCUUCCACUUCUCUCAAAUUCCAAUUCCCUCCACACCUCAAACUCUUCCAAAUUCCACAAAAACUCAAAAAUCCCACUUCAAUUAUAACCUGUAGCCUCAGAGGUAAACCAAGAAAACCAUUAUGGAGGUCAAAAAGAUUAUCAUCCGAAGCAAUUCAAGCUGUUCAGUCUCUCAAAUUAGCCAAAUCCUCAAAUUCAAGAUUACAAAACGUAUUCGAGAAUAAACUCUCAAGACUUCUCAAAACUGACUUAAUUGACACUCUUGAAUUAUUACAGGACCAAAAUGAACUAGAUUUAGCACUCAAGGUGUUUGAUUAUGUGCAAAAAGAAAUAUGGUACAAGCCAGAUAUAACAUUGUAUUAUGGGAUUCUUGAGAUGUUGGGGAAGAAUGAGAUGAUUUUAAUGGCAGAAGGAUAUUUCUGUAAACUUGAAGAGGAAGGGUUGAAGCAUGAUACGAGGACAUUUAGUGAGAUGAUUGGAGCUUAUUUGAAAGUGGGUAUGGUUGAAAAGGCUAUGGAAAUGUAUGGAAGAUUGAAGGAAUCAGGCUGUGUUCCUGAUAAGUUGACAUUUGCAAUUUUGAUUAGGAAUCUUGAGGAUGCUGGAAGAAGUGAGCUUGUUGAUGUUGUAAAGAAAGAUUGUGAUGAGUAUAUGGAUUAUCCUGAGAAAUUCCUUGAAGAGAUUGAGAGGAAAAUGGAUGCAAGAGGGCCAUCGAUAAAUCUUGUUUGACGAUUGUGAUGUCAAGGUUGAUAACUCUCAUCAAAUUUUGAAGACAGAGGUGUCAUCAAGCGGCCAGUUCUCGUUAGGCGCAUUUUGGUCUGAAUUAUCAAACACUCCUAGUCGAUUGAUGGUACAAACAGGUUAGUUUGUCAGUUGAUCGAAUUGAUGAACAUGUUUAACUGAAAAGUUUCGGUAUGAACUGUUUUCUUAUAACUUGUUCACUCGAGACAUUUGACAACUGUAUUUCUAUUCUGCAAACAAGUAUUCAGAGUAUGUAUGAAUAUGAAUGGCAUUAUCUGGACAGUAGAGCAGAGAAAAGCUUGGCUGGUACCAAAAAGUAUAUGAUAAGUGGUGAAAAUGUUUUAA